CAAUGCCAUGCCAUAAAACAGGUAGUAAAAUUUUUUUGAAUCCCACUACUGAUCCACUCCCUUGCAGAAUCUUUGUAAUUUUAACUUCAACUUUUAAUUUUAAAACAAAAAGGCAAGUGCCUCUGAAAAUUUGAUGACAACAGCUACUGACUUCCAUGUUUUUUUCUUUGAUUGUAAUUGUGGAAAAAUGCAGAAAGUUUGAUCAUCUGAAGAUGGGGAAAUUGGAUUUAUUAAAGCUACAUUUACAGCAUAAGCAGUGUUUUAGUUCGCUAAAUACUAAAGUUAUGUUCACAGAAGUUACUGUGUCAAAAAUUUAAGCAGCCAUAGAUUUGUGAAAUUGUUUUCUUAAUGGCUUAAUUCCUUUCAAUUAAACAUAGCAAAAUAAUCACUAGUAUUUGCCUACUGACUGUGAUAUUGUGGGGAAAUAUGUUUUUUAAAAAGCUUGAAAAUAAAAUGAACAGUGGAUUUUUAUUUCCACAUAUAAUAUGCUUAGUAUGUUAUUUCACUUGUAUUUCACUUGAAAUGCUAUCAAUUAAUAAUAACCAAUUAAAUAAAAUGAUUUGCCUCUCAAAGCAUACCCGUCUACAAAAUCAGUUGACCCCCAUCUGCAAGUUUCAGUCAGCCUCUUUCAAAAACAAAUCAGCCACUUUCAAGAAAUGGAAGCUGUUGCAACUAGUGAGAUGAUGGACAAACCUGGAUAAAGAGAAGGCAAGAAGAUGAUGAUAUGAGCUAGUAGGAGUGAAAAGGGAAGGAUAAUAAGGGAACAACUGUACCCAAGCGUCUUGGAGGAUAUAGAAGAACUCCAUGAAACAGAAUAAGCAAGUAUGGAGGAACAAGCAGGGACGAUACCUUGGGAAGCAAGUGGUCAGUCAAGUCCUUCCUACGAACCUACAAAGGAAAAUGGCAGCCUUCUUGGAAAAAGCUCAGAUAUUUCAACAGCUCUGGAGAAGCUGAAACAUGAGGAGGGUUUUAUAGAUAUUCCUUCCUAUGGUGAUCAGUUGAGUGAUGAACGAUUAGGACCCAGUGAAAGAUUAUCUCCAGCUCCUUUCCUGAAUUCAAAUCUGAUAGGAAAAGCCUCUGAGAGGAGUCAGUUUCCAAUGUUUGGUCGAGAUGCCGGGCUCUCAGGCUGUCAGACAAGUCUGCUUCGGCCUAACGUGGGUGUUGGAAGCCCAGGCCCCCUGGCUUUCUCAGAAAAAACUGGAACACCGUAUUAUGCAUUUUCCUCUGCAAAUCCACGAAGACGGCCCCUUCGUGAUUCAUCUGCCCUUGAUUCUCUGCAGACAAAAAAAGUAAGGAAGGUGCCUCCUGGUUUGCCAUCUUCUGUCUAUGCACCUUCUCCCGAUUCAGAUGACUUUAAUAGAGAAUCUCCAAGUUACUCAUCUCCUAAACCGCCUAGCAGUAUGUUUGCUAGCACUUUCUUGUUACAAGAUGGGACCCGUGCCGCUCCUGAACUUUGGAGCCCCUCCCAUGGAGUGAGACAGUCAGGUCAUGCUGGAAUGCUGGAAAGUCCUUCUCACCUGUCGCCCUCCGGUAGUUACGGCAGCCAACAUCCCCACGAGCGCCAGAGUUUUCCUCCUCAUUCAGCCUCACCAACAGAUGGAAGCCUUCCACCAAUGUCCAGCUUCCACCGGGGCAGUAGCAGUAACUCAUUGUAUGCUGCCGCCGCCUCUCAUACUCCACCAGUCAACAGAUCAGAGACCAGUCUGCUUGUUGAUAGAGGGAAUCCUGCUGGAAGUUCACAGACUGGGGAUGCCCUUGGAAAAGCUUUGGCCUCUAUUUAUUCUCCUGACCAGACUAGUAGUAGCUUCCCUUCAAAUCCUUCAACACCUGUUGGAUCACCAUCCUCUCUCACAGGUGCUGGUCAAUGGUCAAGAACUGGAGGACAAGCCCCUUCGUCUCCAAGCUAUGAAAACUCUUUACAUUCAUUGAAAAAUCGAGUGGAGCAACAACUUCACGAGCAUUUGCAAGAUGCUAUGUCCUUCUUAAAAGAUGUCUGUGAGCAGUCCCGGAUGGAAGAUCGCCUGGACAGACUUGAUGACGCCAUCAAUGUGCUGAGAAGCCACGCCGUGGGGCCUUCGACGAGCCUGGCCGGGGCCCACGGAGAGAUGGAGGGCUUGUUGCGGCCAUCCCACAGUGGGCCGGUUAGCACUUUGAAUGCCACUUGUGGCACGCCUGGCCUGGUCAUAACCAGUAGACAAGCCUGGAUGGUCAACACGCAUCGGGAAGAUGGCGUCGGCCUCCAUAGCAAUCAUUCAGAGCUGUGCAACGCUGGUACUGCUCAGAAUACAGAACUAAGCCAUAAAACCCAAGAAAACUAUAGAGUGCUGCCCACUGGGCUACCCACCUCCUCUGGGCCCGCUCUGGGCCCGCUAGAAAUCAAAUCGGAGCACAAGGAGAAAGAUGAGAACACACAGGAACCUGCGUCCUCCGAUGACAUGAAAUCUGAUGACGAGUCCUCCCAGAAAGAUAUCAAAAUCUCCUCUGGAGGCAGGACGAGUAGCACAAACGAAGAUGAGGAGCUGAACCCGGAGCAGAAGCUGGAGCGGGAGCGGGAGCGGCGGAUGGCCAACAAUGCCCGGGAGCGCUUGCGUGUCCGGGACAUCAACGAAGCCUUCAAGGAACUGGGCCGGAUGUGCCAGCUGCACCUGAAGACCGAAAAGCCCCAGACCAAGCUGCUGAUCCUUCACCAGGCUGUGGCGGUCAUCCUCAGUCUGGAGCAGCAGGUCCGAGAGAGGAACCUGAACCCCAAAGCAGCUUGUCUUAAGCAGAGGGAAGAGGGAAAGGGGUCUGUUGUGUCAGCAGAGCCCCCAGCCCCCCAUCCAGGAAGCCAUCCAGCACUUAGUGAAACGGCCAAUCCAAUGGGACACAUGUGAACGUCAACGAGGUGACCUGUUUUAUGUCUGCUGCGAUUGGGUGGUGGUGGUGGGGAAUGACACAGGGGUUGGUGGGGUAUGACAAGACCCAAAAACUUGUCAGUUAAACUUUGUUAAGUUGAACUGCGGCAUAGCAGAGCCCAGGCUGUGUGUUGGAAUCCUUUGCAAGAUCACCAGCGUGAUGGAUGAAAAGCAACAGUCGCGCUCAACAAAGUGUGUGGCUUUUGUUGGGGGUGGGUGAGGCUGCGCAGCUCUGGUGCCCCCGCCUAAGAACUGGCUCCACCGGAAGCAGGCCAGAGGCCAGGCCGCUUGGCCUUUCCCAACCCUAACCCUAACCCUUUCCCACGGUGCUCUGCAACUGUUGGCGCUUCAACAAUGGCCUUUCAGUGUCCAGAUCGGAAUCCGGACCCCCAUGUGGAAGAGACCAAGAAGGGGAAUCGUUUCUUCACACGGACCCUCAACAUAGCAUUAAGCAGGACCAUCUCACCAGAGAAACAACCCACCCAGAAGUGGCCCUGUGAGAACCCCCGACCCCUGCGAGAGCGAGAGAGCAGCAGGCUCUUCUUCCAGCAGGACUUCUGCCCCAGAGAUGGUGGCGCCUCUCCUCUCCACUCGAUGGGGAAACUGCCUUGUGCCUAAACCGAAUUGGCAGAUGCAUUGUAACUAGAACACAUUAUUUAUUUGUAAUGGAACUGCCCAGGUCCACCGUAUGAAGGGAAACAUUGAUCCGCUUAGAGCUUGGUUGAGAUACUGGUUUUGAGAAGUGCAUUCCGGGAAGGAAGCUACAAGGCCACCAUGGGGCCUCACAUUCCCACCCUGCGUGUGCCCCAACUCCCCUUCCUCUGGCCAUCGGACAUGUAUUUCCUGGGUAGGUACCUUCACCUUGAGAAGCAGCGGCCUGCGGGCAGCCCUCUGACUCCCAGCCCUCGGCCUCUUGCAUCACAGGCACAAGCCACGUAGAGCCAUCGCAUUCCUUGAGCUGAGCCGCCCUCUGCCUUUUUUGCCUUCUCAAGCGGCUGCCUCCCUUCGGAGCCUUGUAAUGGGACUGAGAGGAGGAAGCCCGGCCACAAUUGCCCUGGAGCCGUAAGAACAAGCCCGGCACAGCCUGGGGUGGGAGCAGUGCAGGGGGACGACCUGGGGUGCCCUGGUGCCUGGCUGCCCCCCCUUCCUGGUCAGUAGCCUUUGCUGAGGGCCUCCGCAACCUGGGCAGUUGCUCCCCCUCUGAGCUUCCACUGUGAAUGCUGUCUUCCAUUGUAGCGGCCCAGAGAAAGGCCCGCCAUGGCCCGGCCCUCCCACCCUGGGCAAACCCCUGUCUCGCACAAGACUUGAAUUGCUCCUCCAGCUUUGAGUGUUGUGGCUCUAAGUGGCUUCCUUUUUCUGCAAAAGGGGACGUGCCUUUCUGAGGGUCCUUGGCACAUGCUGGUUUGUUAAGUGGCUGUCCUAAAGUGACCCUGAGCAAGCCCCUGUGGAUUUUUUUUGCCCCAUUCUUGGGAUUCCCAGCCAGUGGACUUUGGCUCCUGGCUCCGUUGGGCUGUGCAGGGUGUGUGCUGUGUGCCCCAGUUUCCCUUUGGGAAACCAAGAGAGAAAACACUUGGCUUAUUUUUCACUAUAGCUAGACUUUUAUACAAUUAUCUUGUAAGAAGUUUCUUGAAUUCUAAAUAUUACUCUUUCUAGAUUUUUGAAAUCAAAAGUUUUCAGUAAAAAUUUCUUACUUUAUUUUACUAUAUUAGGUAGAAAGAAAUGUAGGGUUGUUUAUCAUAACCUGUUCAUUAAUAUCAGAAAUUGACAAUAACAUUGUAAGAGUAGGGUUCUAGCAUCCUGUGUAGUACCUUAUGGAGUAUUGUAAGAGCUAUUUGUCCAAGAUGAAUUGCUUCUCAUCUUAUUACUCAAUUCCCAGAUGUUGGUUUAUUGCAAAUUUGUACCUUGUGUCAAAUUUCAAGAUA